AUGAAAAUUCUGAGUUGGAACUGCCACGGGCUUGGAAAUCCGUGGUCAGUUCGAGCCCUCCAAGAUUGGUGUUGGAGGGAGAGGCCGGAGAUCGUGUUUCUAAUGGAGACGAUGAUUGAUGCAAAGGUGCUAGAAAAAAUAAAAAAUAGGUGUGGUUUCUCUAAUGGGGUUUGCAUUAGUAGUGUGGGGAAGUCGGGUGGUAUGGGGUUUAGGUGGAGAGACUUACGAGUUGAUACCAUCUCUUACUCUAAACACCACUAUGAUGUGAAUGUGCUCGAUGAUAAUAAUGCUCCUCUUUGGUGUGCGGUGGAUAUUUAUGGGUGGCCGAAGCAAGCAAAUAAACAUUACACAUGGUCGUUAAUGUCUACCUUAAAAGAGGCGUGUAGUAUACCGUGUAUUAUGUUUGGUGAUUUUAAUGAGGUGGUUAGUUUAAUGGAGAAGGAUGGGGGUGCGAUUCGAAGUGAGCGUCUAAUGGAUGCUUUUCGUGGUGCGAUUGAUGUCUGUGAUCUUAGAGAUUUGGGGUUCAAAGGAAGCAUAUUUACGUGGAAGCGAGGUACGUCUAUGACUACUUUUGUAAGGGAGAGACUUGAUCGCUUUUUGGCAGAUGAUAAUUGGUGCUCGAUGUUUCCGGGGUUUGAGGUACGACACCUUCCUAUAUAUUGUUCGGAUCAUGCCCCUAUUUUAUUGUCUAUAAAAAACAAUGUAGAGAGGGAGAUGGGGGACAAAUAUUUUAAAUUUGAGUCCCUGUGGUUGUCAAAAGAGGAGUGUGGGGUUGUUGUAGCUGAUGCGUGGGGGGAGAGUGUUGGAGCUGAUGUCCCUAGAAAAUUGGCUACAUGCGCUGAAAAUUUAACUUCGUGGGCUGCUUUGUCUUUUGGAUCCAUUAAGAAGAAAAUUAAAAUGGCUGAUAAGCAUUUAAAGGUGUUAAAUGAGGGUCUAAUGGAUGCUGUAAAUAGGGAUGUCAGUGGGGCGGAUACGCUGCAUAUGCUUGAGGAGAGCUACUGGUUUGCUAGAGCUCGGGCUGACGAGCUCCGGGAUGGUGACAAAAAUACAAAGUACUUUCAUCAUAAGGAAAACCAAUGUAAAGCACACAACAAGAUCAAAGGUCUGUACGAUGAAAACGGUGACUGGAAGGAACAACGGGCUGAUUUAGAACGUCUUAUUUCAGCCUACUUUGAGAGUUUAUUUGCUACAAGUUCGCCAACUGGUUUCCAAGGAGCAAUGGAAGGUCUGGAUUGUUUGGUAUCUGAUGAGAUGAAUGUGACCCUGGACACAGAACCGACAGGUGAGGAGGUGAAGGAGGCUUUAUUUCAAAUGCACCCGAACAAGGCUCCGGGUCCCGAUGAUAAUGCUAUGGUGGCUUUUGAGGGUGGAGUGGGUGUUUUUGGAGAGGGUGAUGCUAAGGAUGGUUUUUCUGAUGUCUGGGUAGGGAGAAUUAUGGAUUGCUUGUCUAGUGUCUCCUUCGCUUUCAAAAUAAAUCCGCGCAUUUCUGGCUCUGUCAUUCCAACUAGGGGUCUUCGACAAGGUGAUCCGAUCUCUCCGUAUCUUUUUCUAUUAUGUGCAGAUGCUUUUUCUACUUUGAUAGGCAAAGCGGCUAGAGAGAAGCUUAUCCAUGGUGCGAAAGUGUGUAAUGGUGCACCUCGUGUGUCUCAUUUAUGUUUUUCCGAUGACAGUAUUCUCUUUGCUAGGGAGAAUGUGCAAGAAUGCUCAGUUAUAGCUGAUAUUAUCAACAAAUAUGAGAGAGUAUCCGGUCAGAAUGUCAAUUUAAGCAAGACGGAAGUCGCUUUUAGUAAAAGAGUUAGUACUUGUGAAAAAUGA